UUACAUGGAAAUCCACGAGAGUAAAUGAGUUCUGGUGGGGACCCUCGUGGCACAUAUAAAUGGCGAAUUCCGAGUUUCAGACAACAAAGUGUUUUAUACCGUAUACAAAUUUAAAAAAAAAUAGUACUCCACAAAGUUGAAAAUAUGUUUGCUGUUGUUAUAUUUGUUUUAAUAUGUGCGCAUGCUGUUCAUCCUUCGACAGUGAUAUCCGGGAACACCUUAACAAACCGCGGAUCAGACAAGGAUAAUGCAGCUGCAGGAGCUGCUGCAGCCGGAGAUGUAAUAGCAGCUACCGGUGGUAUCAUAGACGAAGGAUCACUCGCGGCAGAGCGCGAAUCAGAUACGGAUCAUGCCUUAACAAAGCGCGGAUCAGGUACGGAUCAUGCAGCUGGAGGAGCUGCUGUAGCCGGAGAUGUAAUAGCAGCUACCGGUGAUUUUAUAGACGAAGGAUCACCCUUAGCAGAGCGCGAAUCAGAUACAGAUCAUGCCUUAACAAAGCGCGGAUCAGGUACGGACCAUGCAGCCCAUGGAGCUGGUACAGCCGGAGAUGUAAUAGCAGCUACCGGUGGUAUUAUAGCCGCAGGAUCACUCGCGACAGGCCCAUUAGCACCAAUAGUGGCAGGAAUUGGAGGUGUAACUGCUGCCGUUGGAGGUUUGGUAUCAGUAAUUUCGAAAGCAGCCGAUCAGUCAUGUCGUGAAUUUGGUUGUCACAAAAACUACUGUUGGUCAUAUUGCAGCUUGGGAAAUCAAUGGUGCUAUACAACCAAAUCUUAUUCUCAAAGUUAUAAAUAUGUUAGUUGUAAUAGGGAUGACGAAUGCAGUGGAUGCUGGAAAUGCGCAGGUCCGUGCACACUGUAAAAAAAUUAACAAGAACUUGGUGUGUUCUCAUUUAUCAAUCAUAUCGUUGAUAUGAAUUUAUAAAAAUAGAUUAGUUUCAUUAAUAAAAAAAAUAAUUCAUGAUUAUAGACAUUUAUUUUGUUGUAUACUAUAUUUUAACAACUUAUAUAUUACGUCAUUGGAUUGUAACGAUUAAUGCUCAGUAAAAUAAAUGUAACCAAAUAUAUUUAUAUACAUGUGUGUGUUCGCAUGUCCACAUGUGCAAUGCAAAUAAAUAAAUAAAAUUAAAUAUGUAUGUUUGUAUAUUAUAUUCAUCAUUCGAAAAUUACGUAAAUAUAUCUUAAAAAGCUCCUUCACCCACCCCCGAUAUAGGUUUGAAUUUGAAUUUUUUUUAGAAAUAUAUCCAUUAAUUAAUCACGUUACAUGUAUGUUUAUAAUAAACAAUUGCAUCUAAUAAACUAUUGUUAAUUAAUUCACUAGUAUUUAACAUAAUAUGGUCUGUACUUGAAAUUUAUAUAUAAUUUCUAUUGACCUUAAUAAAUCGUAUCUUAAUAAU